CUGGGGGAGGGGGUGGGGGCGCUGGUGCAGGGCUGGGAGCCGGCCGGGCGCUGCGGGUGCUUUUCCCGGCACCAGCGUUGUACCGUGCUGUUCCCUGAGAAAUUUAGGAGGAGGGCGGAAAAUAGGCGAAGCAACCCCGGCUGCCCAAUUUGCGGCCUUCUAGAAAGGGUUUCUGGUUAAUUAGAAACAAUAUGCUCGGCUAAUGUAAGGGCUCCGGCGUUUGUGGGAGCGUUUAGAUGAAACGGUGAUUUUUUAAUUUUUUUUUUUUGCAUCACUAACGUUAAUGAGUAAAUGCUGUUGCAUAAUUGGGGUGGAGGCACUGAAAACUUUCACAUGAAUGUUUCGGUCGAAUAUAUAGACGGGGCGGUGGGGGGAGGUUUUCAAGCAGGAAUCUUGUUAUAAGUGGGGGAAUAUUUGUAAAUAUUUCUGUGUUUGGCUACCUUGUGUAGCUUCUUGAGCUGAGCUAUGUAGAACUUAACCGGCCUAGUACUGUAAUUCAAAGUACUAAGGCCCUUGCGGUAGUUUCUAGGAGCUUGGUGUUUGGGGGGGGUGGGGAUUGUGUCUUUUUAAAAAGAAUCAAAUGUAUGUUGUUUAAAAUUGUUGCAUGUUCAAUUCAAACUUUUUAACAAGUCCUUGAUGUUUCAAUUUAAAAGUGACCAGUGGGGCUGAGGCUGUGUCCACUGAGGCUAAGAUGACUGCCUUUCCUGAUUGGCCAUGGCUUUUCCAUACAUUGUGUGACCCUUGCCCUAUGACCCUUUGGCUGACCUUACCGGAAGCCAUGACGACAGCAGCCUUUUGCCAUUAGACGCAGGGUGAUGGUGAGGAUUCCAAGGGUUAGACAAAACUGGUUAAACUGAACUAGGUGACUGUUACCUUGCGUGUUUUGUGGCCAAACCACCACCAAAAACCUCAUACUGUGAUGUAAGUACUUAGUGUAACUAGUAAACGUUUUUGUAAAAUGUAGAAAUGCAUGUAAUCAGUUAAGUUUUAUAUUUUACAAUGUUCUGUAAAAUAAAACUUAGCAAGGUGAAUCUAAUAAGGAGCAGUCACUCUCUAACAGAUCUUAGGAGCACAGACUUGUAGGAUUUUAGUCUGUUUGAUUUGCCAUUAAUAUAGAUUAUGGCAAAAUUGCAAAGUUUAUUGGAGGCUUAGAGAAAUAAAGUCCUACUCCAGUAAAUAUAACUGUUUAACUAACUUUUUCAGAACGUUUAGUUUUCUUCAUGGUGGGAGAUGAUCUAACUUUAUUUCUUUGUACAAUAAAGGUGGGGGUGGUGGCGGAUAUAGCAGUCGGAGACAAUCUGGAAGAGAUAAAUACGGACCGCCUGUUCGUACAGAGUACAGACUGAUUGUUGAAAACCUUUCCAGUCGCUGUAGUUGGCAGGAUUUGAAAGAUUUCAUGAGGCAAGCUGGUGAGGUCACCUAUGCAGACGCUCACAAAGAACGUACGAACGAAGGAGUGAUUGAGUUCCGAUCUUACUCAGACAUGAAGCGUGCCCUGGACAAACUGGAUGGCACAGAGAUAAAUGGAAGGAAGAUCAGGCUGGUCGAAGACAAGCCGCGGUCCAGCCACAGGCGAUCUUACUCUGGCAGCAGGUCAAGGUCACGAUCUAGAAGACGGUCCAGAAGCAGAAGUCGUAGAAGUAGGAGCAGCCGCAGCAGGUCCCGUAGUGUCUCCAAAAGCCGUUCGCGAUCCAAAUCCAGGUCACGAAGCAAAGACCGCUCACGUUCCAGAUCCAAAAGCAGGAAGUCUCGAUCAAAGAGCAAGUCAAAACCCAAGUCUGACAGGGGUUCCCGCUCUCACAGCAGAUCCAAGGAGAAGUCGGAGAAGUCUCGGUCCAGAUCCAGGUCCCGGUCUCGAUCUCCCAAAGAAAAUGGUAAAGGAGAUGCUAAGUCUAAGUCCAGGUCAAGGAGUAGGUCUCGUUCCAAUUCUCCGCAGCAGCAGCCAUCUGCCAAGGCUCGUUCAGAGUCACCACCCAAAAGAGCUGCAUCAAGGUCCCGCUCCAGGUCUCGUUCAAAGUCUCGCUCACGAUCAAGAUCUAGUUCAAGAGAUUAAGACUAGAACUCUCCUCUUGCGUUGCACGCUAUGACGGAACAUUUUCCUACUUGUCAGGCCAUUAGUGUUAUGUUAGUACUUCAGAAGUUGGUUUUUUCUCUUGCAGGAGUGAAUGGCCUAAGAACCAAGUAAUGAGGCAUAAAGGGUUUAAUUUGUAUCCCAGAAUUUGAAACCGUGAGGCCCGGAUGGUGGUACAAAGCAGGGAAAGUUCCCCUUUUGUAGAAAUUCAGCUAAAAGUUUGAUUUUAUAGCAUUUCCGCAGGAGUAACUUAACUACUCUUAAAUGCAAAGUGGGUUUUAUAUUAAAAAUAAACUGAAUAUAAACAGGCUUAAAUCUGGGCUUUUUUGAAAGUAUCUUCUUUUUUUUCCCUAUUUUUUGAUGGUUUUAGAACUAAGGCUAUUGUUAGCUUCCUGGGUUACAGAGCUUGCUGCGAAGGCAGGAUUGCCUCGCUGGGCAGGUCAUACAGUUCCCUGGUUUAUCGUAAUCGGUGGGAGCAGGCUGCAAACUGUAUCAACCCCGUAACAAUACUAGGAAGAUUUUUUUAGACCAGCAAUAAACUCAAGUCGGCGCAUUUGUCUUUUAUCCUAACUUGCCAAAAGAGCAUUUUGCCCAGUCCUGUGACUGUAUUUUUUGCCCAGUCCUGUGACUGUAUUAAAGGUAAUAAAGGUCCUUUGGAACCUCU